AUGAAUUCGAAGAUACUGGAGGUGCUGAACCUGAUCGACGAGAAGUCGUUCAAGAAAUGCGAAAAGGUAAUAACAGCGGGGCUGAAGGCAAAGAAGAACGAGAAGCUGUACCUGCUAUUGAAGUGCCUUCUGCACUCACACCUGAACGAGAUAAAAGAGUGUAAGCAGAUUUUGGAGACGCUGGAAGUGGACGACUCCGAUGAAAAUGUCUUUUACAUAUUAAGAACCAUAUACACAAAUAUGAAUGAGGGUGGAAAGUUAAUCACUCUGUAUGAGGAGAAAAUGAAGAAGGCUGAAUCGGGUAAGAAUGGCCUGAGCAUCACCAAUGGGAGCAGCGGUAAUGUUGGAAGCGCCAUCGUAAGCAGGAGCAAUAACAUCACCUCCAGCAGCAAUAGCGUCAGUACAAAUAUCAGCAGUAACAACGUGAGAGUCGCGCAAAAGGAAAAAGUGAAUGUGGAAAGGAUUCUAAGGAACCUUUUUGAUUUCUGCCUAAAUACGAGCUAUUUCAAAAAAGGAAGUAAUUUGUCCUUAAAAUUAUAUAAGCAGACAAACGAUUCGAAGUAUCUCCUAUACAACAGCUACCUCCUCUACAUGAACAAUUCGAGCAAUAACCCACAAAUCUAUAACUUGGCACUCAACUUUUUAAAAAAUUAUAAAUGUUACAAUAACAAUAAAGUCACAGAGAACUUUUCCUUUUUUUUAGUGUUUUUUUUUAUUAACAUAAAAUUGAGGAAUUAUGACGAGUGCAUCAGGAUAUUGGAAUACGCCAAGAGUAAUUAUUUUUUUCUCAACCCAUUGCAGUACCAGGUGUACAAAAUGUACAUACAAUUUAUUUUCAAUAAACUAGAGAGUUGCAUUGAAGUUUUAGUAGAACUGAUAAAGGAGCUUCCAGAAAACAGCGACUACUACAUUCUAUACAUUGACCUCAUCAUUUAUCUACUAAACAAACAUAACCCAGAGAUGAAGGUAGAGAAUGUUUUCAAUCUGUACAAAAACGAUUUGAUGUACUUGGAGUUUUUUCAAAAAUGUUUCAUACAUGUGUGUUUUCAGAAGGUUAAGACGUUCCCCGAGAAUAUUUAUACCUUUUGGAAUUACAUCGAAGUGGAGGGACAGGAAGGGUCAGGGGGCUCCCCUAGCUACUACAAAGAUGUAAUGAAUUCGGUUCUUUCGAUCGACCAGAUGAGUGUCAGCACGGAGAACGAGAUGGGAGCUAGCGGCGCAGAUGGGGAAAGUGACCCGAACGAUUUCGGAAGUGACAAUAGUCAUGCAGGAAGUAAGCAUCACCAGGGGGGAAAAAAAGGCAAGGGUAAGCGGGAAUGCCACACACCCUUUGAAAGCAUAACGAAAAAAUUAGAUAGUCUAAUAGAGGACUACAAAAAUGAUGUCCUGAAGAUCUACAAGGAGCGUGAUGUGAAGGUAUACUUGUACAUGCUACUCUCCUUUAUUCUAAAACAAAGCAAAAAUUAUAACCUGUUUUACUCAAUUAAAAAUCACCUUAGUCUUUUAAAAGACGACAUGGUAGCUAUCCUCAUCGUGUUCGUGAAAAUCAUUUUGAAAAAACUAUACGUAGCAAUUAGCACCGAAAUGAAGGCCCUAUCGAAGGGAAACUUUCCUGGAAACGAAUUGACGAGAGAGAAAAAAAAAAAAAUUUUAUUGUUCUACAAGCAGAUUUACAACUUUGAACAGCUCCUUUAUGUGAUGUAUAAAAAGGAUGUGCAUGAAUCCUUUAACCGAAUUUUUUCCAUGUUCAUUCAAAUGACCAAUAAUAUGGACCUAAAACUUCGGGAUGAUAACUUCGUUGUGCUGUUGGUCGAAAUGGCUUUAUACUUAGACAAGUACAACCUCUGUGAGUCUGAGCAGAAGAGCAGCCUUGACGAGGCUGUGACGAACUUGCACAACUUGGUGAACAGCACAUGUGACGAGUUGAACCUCGGAGGGUGCAAAAGCGUCGAUGAAUUCAUCGGGCCCAUUGGCUCCUACGAGUGUGCAGUAGUGGAUGGGGAAGAAGGUACCAUUGCCACCAAUGGAGAAAAAACUUCGCAUGAAAACAACCCACAAGCGUACCACAUUCCGAAUGUCCAAAACGGAAGUACAACCAUCUUUGAGAUCAACGGUGAGGAGAAAAACGAAAGGGACAUCAAGUUAACCAACAGGACGUAUUACAUUGCGGCUUUGAGUGUCUUAAAGUACUCAUACAAUUAUCGCAUCCGCAUGACGGAGAAGGAGAAUGAAGAGAAGAAGGUGAAACCCAUUCUAAACAACGAGUACAUAAAUGUGCUUGUCCUGAUGAUCUACCUCAACAACGUGAUUGGAAAUUUCACCAAUUUCUCAACCCUAAUUGAUAAGCUGAACAUAAAGAACAUCCAAUUGAUUACAUACUCUCCCAUUUUGUUCAUACACACGUAUAGCUAUUCGUACUUUAGCUAUGCUGAAAAUUUGGUAAAAAACAUUUUGAACUAUUACACUGUGCAGCAGAGAAAUUUGAAGAACUCAAUCUCCAAGUGCUUUCAAAAUAAUUCGAUAUUUAAGGUGAACGAAAUUUCGAAUGCCUAUUUUUUGAAUUCCUCGAAUAUAAUUUUUUAUUUUAUUAAGUUGUUAUACAUUUUUAAGAAGCAAUUGGAGGCAACGAGGGGUGUGUUUCACUUCAGCAUGUUUGGAAGUGUGAAAAAGGACUACACGAUUCAUAAUGAGUACUGCACGAAGUUUCCCCCCAUGAAGGAGAUUUCCAGUGGCAGGAUGAGCAGAAGUGAGAAAACAAGUGAGGCGAGGAAGUCGGCCAAUGGUAACACCGCAGGUGCUAAGGAGCCGGCCCUCAACUCGAGCAACACCAAGGGGGGUCUUGACCAUGAUGGGCGUAGCAACGGCUCCGUGUGCACCUCCCCCAUGGGCAACCCCCCCAGUCACAACGAAUUCUUCGGUAUGCUAAAACGGCUGAAUGAAGACAACCUGGCGGAGGAGCACGACUUUAAAAGCAACUACUCCAAAUUGAUGCUAGACAAGUUUAACUUCCUCACGAUAGACAACCAGACGAUUCUAAUAAAAUUUAACGUCCCCUCCUUCCGCUACACCCUUUACAAAUCGUAUGACACUUUUUUUUACAACCACAUUCUGUACGAGACGUUGAACCCGCUGGAAGAGUUUCAGUUCCUAAAGCAGAUGAAAAUUUUAAACACAACCGAAGCGAAUAGUGUCAACCUGCUGAAGGAUAUAAAGACAGUGUACCCAAUGAUAUUGCUGUCCAACUUUUAUAACCUGAAAGGUAGCGUUUAUUUAACUAGCCAUGAAAAGAUACUUGGUUGUAAAAACAUGGGGGAUGUCCUUCGCCAUAGUGAUAAAAACGUUUCGCAGGAUUGUGCGGAGAGUAGCAACGAACUGCCCUUUGACAAGAUCAAAGAGCAUGCGAGCUACAGCAUGAGCGACCACGAAAUUAACUUCUUCAUAAAUAGCAACAUUUAUGUAAGCUUCGAUAAGGAUAACUACAACUACCGCAAUAAGUAUAUCUGCAAAUGGAACAGGCCCAAGUUCCAAUUUAAUCAGAAUUCCUUCUCGUCGCCCUUCAACAUUUGCCUAACGGAGCUGUUCAACUACCCCAUUCAGACCCUCUACCUAAAUUCAGUCAUUCUCAAUACAGUUAUGUAUUUGUUUCAUAAAUCCUUUACUUACUUCUCCAUCACGGAUGAAGUCAGGAAGACCAAAAUGAUCAGUAAGGCCAAGUGUGCCUUUCUUUAUCUGACCUAUAUUGUCUCCUAUUAUCAGUUAACGGAGGGGUUAAGCGAUGGUGACCGCCUUUAUAUGCAAAAAGAACUGGAUGACUUCACCACGGGGGAAGACAUGUGCCACCUCAAGAGGGAAAACGACCCUGUCAAGAAUAACGACGGGGCAGUUCCGAAACAAGUUAUCCCGUCAGUCGAAUCCCCCUCCCGUAAUGAUAAAAAAACAACGGGUAAAGAUUACAUCCCACUGGACCCCGUCUUCAAAAAGAAAUAUGGACAAGAUGUUUUCAAAAGGUACCAAAUUAUGCAGGCCGCCUACCACAAUGACAUGUAUAGCAAGAACGCCGCCCUGCAUUAUAAAAGUCUGUUGCUAAAUUUGAACAUGUAUAUAAGAAUCCUUGCUGGAGAUAGUAACGUGAAGGAGUUCACCGACAAGCUGCAAUUCUUGGACAACAUUAUUUACCUCACUGUGUCAAACGAAUUAAACGUCUUCAAGCAAAUUUUAGCAAAGGAUGACUCAUACCAGAUUAUAAACAUGUCGUGUUUGUUCAAGCAGUAUAACUAUCUUUUGCACAAUGUUACCAUAUUCACCUUAAUAAUUCAGUCCAUUUAUAGCCAUGGUAGGAAGAAAGUCUGCAGUGAAAAUAACAUGCUUAUCAAAAGUUACCUGAUGAGGAAGGUUUUACUCCUGUGCGACGUGAAUAAAAACUUGCUUUCUCUUUCCGAGGUGCUAGACAACUAUAAUCCCGUGAAAACAUCCGAAGUCUUGAAAAAGUUCGAGCUGGAGUUGGCGGGCGAAAUCGCCGUCUCGUGCAAGCAGCAUGUUCUAAAUUUGUACAAUUUGUUCAACGGGAAGAUGCUCAUUAUCAAGUCAUACUUGUGA